AAUUUUUGCAAAUAAAUUUUAUGCAAAAAUUGUAAAGCCAACGAUUUUUAUGUAAAUGACGACAGCUGCCUGUCCGCUCGACGUCGGCAGAAGCAGAAGCAGCACCGGUAGCAGCAUCAAAACGGCCAUCGCACGGGCAAUAACGGAACCGGAACCGGAACCCCAGCCGCCACCACCGCUGUCGCAGCUGCGGAUAUCCCGACGUCGACCGAGGAGUUCCUGGUCGCUCCUGGCUUUCGUCACCAUAAUGUGCCUCCAAAUGCACUUCGGCGGUGGCGACUUCGGUGGUGGUGGUGGCUUGAGGGGCGUGGCCGGUGCCCCCCUGCAGGACACCUCAGCGGGCAGUAACAGUGCCGAGGAGGUGGCACUGAUGGCCGGAAGUACACCGGAAGUGCCACAGAAGCGCCUCCAUAAGCGCCAUCAUCCCAAUUGCAGUUUCCGGUGUCGGUUCCAAACGGAACUAAACGCCAGCCUGGAGGUCCUGGACUGGGAAAACACCUGCGGCGGCAACUGGACCGGCAGGGACAUCAAAUACAAGCACAGGCCCAACACCAACAAGAAACGGAGGAUGAUCCUUAAAGGCCUCCACGAUCAGACCAACAAGGAGCUGAUUAUCCUGCAGGACGACGACAAGAACCGUCGCACCACCAACUCGGAGCGGGAGCUGGCCAAGAAGUACAACAAGGCCAUCGACCUGAAGCAGCGGGAGCGGAUGGCCCUCCACAAAAAUCAAUACAAUUUUUUGCCAAAAUUAAAUGCCACAAGUUCUCAGUUAAAACUGCGUCACGUGCACCGCGACCUUCAGCUCUACGUGGGCGCCUUCAGCUACCUGCGGCACGCGAAACUGCACUGGGACUACGCCAACCUGCAGGCGGAGAGCGUGAUGUCCGCCGAUCUGGAGCGCCUGCGCGCCUCCGCCCGCCGUGCUCUCUGCAACGUCGAAAUGGCCAUUAAUGCCACAAAUCGGUUGUACCCCGCCCACGUCCCUGCCGGUCAUAAGUUGCGACGACCCAUGACCCGCCAGCUGAUGGAACGAAAAUUGCAAAAGUUCAAAACACCGCUGGUCCAGUUGCAUCGGCAGGCGACCUUGGCCGCGGGGGGGGCGGAGAUGAUGCCGCCCAAUCUCCACUACGAUCAGCUGGCGAAGGAUGCUCUCUUUGUGAAGUUCAAAUUCGUUAGAUACCUGAAGAGUAUCCGCAAGAUACUGAAAACGCAGACAAAGCCGAAGAAUAGAACCAGUCACAUUUCCUCUCAACACCAUUCCGCAUAAAACACGAGGCUCACAUUCCAUUUUACAAAUUUAAAUCCUUAAAAACAACAUCCUUAAAAAAAAAACAUCCUUAAUUUAUUAAAAAAACAUCGAAAAACUAUUUAUUACGCAAUCAUGAAUCACAUUUAUGGAAUUAUUCCACAACAGGCUAUGAUAUGACAACCGAAUAUGAAAUAAUUCACAAAUCUUAAUUUUUUAAAAAUAUUAUUUUUAAAAAUUAUUACAUUAAAUUUUUUUUGUCAGUUUAGUCUUUAAGAGCCACAAUUGUAUUAUUUAUUAUUUUGUGUCACAUUCCCGAACUAUUCUAAAAUAUUGUAACUAUGCCUUGUAUUACGAUGCUGUGAUAAUAGAUCUAUUACGAUCUAUAUCGUAUACGAUUUAUACGAUAUAUAUUAUAUAUACGAUAUAUACACCUCUUAUCAAUUUUUUAGCUUUUUAAUGUAGUCCAAAAAUAAAUUCUUUUUUUUUUU